AUUUUAAAAACUUUAUCAAAAUUGUAUUUAGCCCGAUUUCUUCUUCUUUAUGCUGUAAAUCGCACCAACUGAACCAAUCCAAACCGCAUUAAUUUGGUUUGAAUGAUUUUUAAAAAAUCAACCGAACCAAACCGCAUGCAUUUUUAUCUCAUAAUUGGGAUGAAUUUUAUGCUCAAAAUCAAACCAAAUUGAACCAACUUCAGCGUGAAUUAUAGAAACAAAGAUAAAUACUUGCAAUAACACUCGUGACAGCACAUAACUCAAAGCAAAGCAUAAAGAGUUGAUUUGAACUUAACUUGGCGUCGCAGCUUUCGUUUCAUUUGUUCCCGCCAUCCAUUUCUACUACUGAAAUCUCUCUCAGCAGGGUCCUAAGAUACACCGUUGUAUGUUUUGUUAGUUGUAAUUGAAGGAAUGCGAAAUGGAAAGUCCCCAUUCUGUUAACAGUCCAAGAAGAACACUGAGUCUUUCAAGACAACGGAGGGCAACUGUGUCGUUUCUUGAUUCCGAUGAAAAAAACAACUCUGCAUCUGGAUUGUCAGCCGACCAUGGCCCUAAGCCUUCUGAGGUUUAUGGUUUUGUUGGAUCUAUAACCACUGUUGUUGCUACAGUUAUUUUCUUGGUAUGGGCAUAUGUUCCAGAAUCAUGGCUACAUUCUAUUGGCAUCUCAUAUUAUCCUAGCAGAUACUGGGCUUUGGCGGUACCAACUUAUGUGAUGGUGACCAUUGUAUUAAUGCUGGCAUUCUACAUUGGCCUUAAUUUCAUGUCAACACCUUCUCCUGCAUCCAUAAACACUGUUUAUGAUGAAUUCAGUAGGGAUCCUUUGAGGGUUGAAUUUUCGGACGAUGGUGAUGAUGAGAAGCCCAUUGAUCCCAUAUCUGAUAUCGGCAUCGACAGAAUCAAUGAUGCUAUGUUCAAUAAUUCAACCUAACAAUCACACAUUCAAACCUGUCUGUUUCCAAUAGUAUGGUGGAUAAUCUGGCAAGCAGUUGCUGCUGAUGUUGAGUUCUAACAUGAGAUUGAGAUGCUAUAGCUUUUAGACAUGAACUCGGUUGAGUUGGUCUUCUGAAACACCGUUAGACACCGGUAGUACACAUUAAAUGUGAGGAUCUCUUCUACUAAAUCGAACUUUCGUUAGUGAUGAUUCUUAUAUUUGAACAAGUUUUGUAUAAUAUUGUCAUCUUGUCAAAAUAUUGAUCAUUCUUAUUUGA